UCUAUUAACAAAAGUGUAUUCAAGAACCUUUUUUAUUUAAAAAAUAUAUAUAUAUUUUAUUAGGUGUACAUGUAAUAACUGUGAAAAAAUGCCAAUUGAAGAGGAAAACAUCUGCUGCAAAGAAAUACAGAAGGUUGUAAAACGAAUGAUGGAGGUUCCAGACCCUCCUAAAUGUAUGGUUGAGCAUCCAGGUUUUGAACCAAACUGCUUAAAUCCGUAUACUUUGCAAAAUAUCAAUAAUAUUUACAGAGCCGACUAUGGACCAGUGAGACGCAGAAAUGAAGAGGAGCGUUUCCGUUAUCUGGCCUAUCGCAGCUUUGUCAGCUGGUGCUGGGGCUACCUAGGACGUAGUGUGAGGGUUGUCAUCCCCUCAUGUGUUGUUAACCGGAUCCGUCUACAGUUUCCUGAUCCAGCGGGACAGUAUGUUGGGUUCCGGCCACCCCUCGACUGAAUCGUGACACACGCUGGGCAAUCACCUCUUCUUUGGAAGGUUUUUCAUACUGUGAUGACAGAGGAGGUGGAAUGGGGAUUGCAUGCAGCUCUUCCGCAUAUGGCUUGGGGUCCACAAAGACUUUAUGUAACAGAAGGCUCAUAAGGUC